UAUUCAUUCUCAAUAAUCGAAGCUAGACGUUGAACGUGAAAUUAUAGCAACUACUUGUGACUCGUCUGAAGAUGUAUCCCAAUCUAGAAACGGUUCGUCGCAAUAGUGAUACUGACAGAAUUUCAGAUUCGAAACUUUCUUAUUUAGAAAAAAACUGUAGUCAAAUAUUUAUGAAGGGCCCGGCUUUAACUAAAGAAAUUCUGGAGAAGGUGAACGCAGAUUUAGUGCCCAAGAAGACUUAUCUUCUUGGAUACGAAAUGAAAACGAAGACAGUUUUACUUAUCACUGGACUGUGUUUGCUGUUCUCCUUGAGCUGUUCUGCAACUUCAGUAAUUUGGUUUACAGAUGCAUUCGAUAACUAUGUACUUUCGCAACUGGUAUUGACAAAUAACGAAGAUUCGUUCAAGAUGUGGAAAAAUCCGACUCCGAAGGUCACAUACAAAUUGUAUAUUUUCAACUAUACGAAUGUUCAGGAUUAUAAGGACGGUUUGGCUGAGAAGUUACACGUUGACGAUGUCGGACCCUACACCUACGAAGAAAAAUUGGAUCGCGAAAAUGUGAAUAUCAUCGACGACGAGAGGAUAACUUUCCAAGAAAGAAGAACUUACAGCUUCAGACCUGACCUAUCAGCUGGAUCACAAAAUGAUCAAGUGACUGUUCCAAAUAUACCACUCAUCAGUGGUUCAGCCGUAGUGAAACAUAACAACUUUUUUACACGCUUGGCAUACGACGCAACGUUGAGAGGGUUAGACCUCCAAGCUUUCGUUACAUUACCUGCUCACGACUUCAUCACAGGUUAUUAUGACCGUCUUUAUGCGGCUUCAAGAGUACUUUCCAGCUUCGACGACGUGCAACCUCCGGAAACGUUUGCUUUGUUAGCUUCGAAAAUCGGUUUGAACCCUAGAGUGAUAACAAUGAAUACAGGAAUAUAUGAUUACAAUAAAAUUGGACAAUUUGAAAAAAUCAACGGACAAGAUAUUUUGAGUUAUUUCGAGACAGAUGAAUGUAACAGCUUGCAAAGUGGGGAUGGAGCCAUGUACCCGCCGCCUCAAGUUCAACAGAAGAAAAACAUUUACUUCAUGUUUCCCGAACUAUGCCGAAGAAUGCCUUUAGUUUUUGAAAAUGAAACCACCAUUUUUAACGGAAAAGUACCAGCGUAUCGUUAUGUCUUACCAGAAGAUAUCUUCGAUUCACCAGAAGAAAAACCCGAGAAUCAGUGCUAUUGUAACUCAAACAAGAAAUGUUUAAAGGGAAUUUUCAACACGACCGCUUGCAAUUUUAGUGAGUACCAUUAAGUUUUUCAUAAAAUU